GAUCACAAAAUCAUUAAGUCCGCUCAUGCUCCGUGCGCGGAGGCUGCGUCACUCGCCCUCGCAGCUCUCGAGUCGCACGGUCAAUGAAAUACGAAACGUGUAAACAGUGGCGCGAAACAUGUUCUAGUCAAUAGCAACGACUGAUUUCAUUUUACGUAUUACUUAAACUUAUUUCAAACAUUUAAAAACAAUUCGUAUACCACAUGACGCGGCGAAAUGAUAUUCCCUUCGAAACGACUCCGUUCGCGGAUAAAAACAAAGGCUUUCCCGUGCCUGCGAUGCGGCGCAAAAACAUUAACGUUUCUGUUUUGGGCGACACUUUAUAUUGUUGUCAUGAAAAUGACUUUAUUGAAGAGCAGCGGCACCCAGACGCCGAGGGACUGGUCGAUACCUGACAAUUACACCAAGUGGCUGUUGCAGGGCCCGGUCUUAGGGGACGAUAACGAAUCAGAUGCGACCGACGACUGGCUUGAGCCCGACAAUGCGACUGUUAUCGAAUUGGAGAAACGGGUUGUCAGGGCUCAAGACGUCUGCCGACAACGAUCCCUUCAAACGCAAGAUAUAAACAGCAAGGAGUUCUUCGUGGAUCACGCUCAUAAUAUUGUUUGGUGUAACAUAUUCAAGGCGGCCAGCUCGACGUGGAUGUACAAUUUCAAUAUUUUAGCCGGUUACGACAAGAAGUUUCUCGCCAGAACGAGACAUACGCCACUAACAUUAGCUCGAAAGAAGUUCCCGAGGCCGAGUGAAGAGGAACUCAGAGAUACGAUAACGACGCCCGGCGUCAUCUCGCUGCUGGUGGUGCGCGAGCCAUUCGUUCGGUUGUUAUCGGCAUACCGGGACAAGUUGGAGAACAUAACGCCGCCGUAUUACAGAAAAUUGGCGCGAAAAAUUGUGGCGGAACACAGAGAGGCGGCGACGAAAGCCUUGGGACCGAUUACAUCGUUCGGUCCGACGUUCCGCGAGUUCGUCGCGCACCUCAUAUCGCGGCCCGCGGCCGCGUUCGACGAGCACUGGGCGCCGUAUCACCAAUUCUGCACGCCGUGCGCCGUUAACUUUACGGUCAUCGCCAAGGUGGAGACGCUGGCGCGGGACUCGGCCUUCGUGGCGCAGCGGCUCGGCCUGGCGCACGUGCUGCGCCGCCGCGGCCGCCGCGCGGUCGUCAACAAGUCGCGCGACGGCCGCGACACGGCCGCCCUGCUGCGCCGCUACUUCGGCCAGCUGGACCGGCGCAUGCUCGCCGGGCUCUUGGCCAUAUACGGGGUCGACUUCGAUAUGUUUGGAUAUGACGCGGGUGUUUAUCGCCGUUAUGUACGAGAAUAAACUGUUUACGGAUAU